GCGCGUUUCGUCCCCUGCAGUUGUCUCUGCGAUCGGCGUUCGAGAAGAUCAAGACAUUCGUUUUUCCCUUCUUUCUAAAUUCUUAUAUCAAAUCAAAUGUACGCCAUGCUAGGUGAUGGUGCGUUAGCUCACGACGAAAAUACUAUGGAUGUACAAGAAACGAGUACUUUUCGGUUCAGUGAAGAACCCUCUUUGGAGAAAAUGUGAGCUGAAGCUGAUACAAUUCUUACGUAACGCGUGGGAAAAUGAUAGUUUUUUAAUACCAAUGUGCGAUCUACCUGAAAAAAAUUAACUCUUGAUUUUUGUUAGUCGACAGAUGCAGUCAAACUUUGCAAAGGAAAGAGAUUGGGAUCAGUUUCAUCAGCCCAGGAAUCUUUUGCUUGCAAUGGUACAAUAGCCCCUUGAAUACUUCAUAUAGAAACCCAUAUAGUGCACCAGUUGUACGAUGAGUUUGUUGACCAUGUGCAGCGGCGGAUCCAGACUUGUUUGUGGGCUGGGACACUGUCUGGCCACAACAAAGUAUCUCAGCUCCUCAGCCCUGUCUAAAAACAGAGGGGGAACCACCACUGGUUCCCGGGGGGGGGGGGUCCUUUAGGAAUUUCUGGGUGGGGAAGUGUCACUAGGACCCUGGAACCCUUAACCUAUACCAGAUCUAGUAGCUGAGCUGAAUUUUGCUAGCCUAUACUAGAGUAACCCCCCAAAUCCACCCUAUCCUAGAGUAGCAGUGUUUUCCAGAAACUACAGAGGUCACUAAAAAUCUUCAACCGACUGAUCAGUUUCCUGAAAAAUGAUACCCUAUUCUAGACCCAAAUGCUCUGAUUUAUAUACCCUAUCCUAGAGUAAACUGUUUGAAAACCAUACCCCUUCAUUCCCGUCACAGCAGCACAUACCCAUAUAGCCCAGAUAUGGCAGUACCCACCCCCCUGGCACUGGUUUCUGCUUAGGGCCGGUUUUCCCUAGCAUCAGAGUGGGAGGCACAAUCACAGUAAUUUUGUAAGAGCACUUAUGACCAUGCUAAAAUCAAUAAUCAGAGCCGUAAGCAGAGUGAUAAGCUCAAGGAAAUUAGUGUGGGAAGAUUCAGAACAUGUACAUUUUCUUGCUAUUCCAGUUGUAACUCCAUCAUCUUGUGAAAACUAGAUUGUUGGAGUUAGAAGCUGAGACGAAAGGAUUAACCAAUUACAAUGCUUGUUUCCACCCUUUGUGAGUUGUUUAGUUCUUCUGCUUAUGAUUCUGACAACCUAGUGGCCAAUUGUCGGUGAAAUGUCAAUGAUCUGUCGGCAAAGGAUUGGCCGACUAUCGACCAAUAGACUGUAGCAACUGAGUGUUGCAAGCACAUCGGUCGAGAGUCGACCGAGUAUUCAGCCAACAUAGCAGCCGAUAGAUCGAUUGACAGUUGACUGAGAUGUCGGCCGAUACAUCGAUCAACAGUCCCCAAAAAGAUACAUGAUCCCAAUAAUUCACCUAGCAAAACCAGUGCAAGCUUUUGAGUUCUAUUUAUGGAGCCUUGGUCAUGCUGAUAAAAAUAUAUAUUUAUCAGCGUGAGCAUGCCUUAUUGUAAUGUUAUAAUAUAUGAUAAUGAAUAAUAUUAAUGAAAAUGAUGAUGAUCUAAGCUUAAAAAGCUGUUGAGCUAAUUAAAAUUUUUCAUUCUAUAGGUUGGCGAAGUUGGAGAAGUGGCAGAGUUAUUGUAAGUACUAUAACAAGACUUUUUACUCUCUUGCUCCUUACUUAAUUUUAGUUUUUUCUGCUGGACAGUACAGUUAUUGUGAUGAUAAAAAAAAUAACAUAAUAAGUUAUUUAUAAAAUACAUAAAAUUUACCUUGUAUUUUUGUUUUUGUCUCCUAAUUUUACAGCCAGUGGAGGAAUGAUGUAAAAGAAGGAUUGCCAGGUAAAGCUCAAAAUAGAUAUACCCUAGGGGUAGUACCUGCAGAGAUCGUUAUACCCCUGGUGGUUCUUCAAGUACUUUUUAAAAAACGAGCAGGAAUGUAUUUUCAGCUUGAGUUUUUAAACCUGAUAAUGCACGACUGUGAGUUUUUUAAACGGCUUCAAAAUCUCUGAUAUAGAUCAACUCAUUCUUGCACUGAUAUUAAGACUUGGGGUUAUUUUGGUCUAAAAACUGGACAUAAAGUUUAGCAGUGUCUUUACCAGAUAUAAAGACACUCAUUAAACAUUAACUUCUUUUGUUUUUCUUUUUAAAUUAUUAAUGAGAUUUUGAAGGUCUCAUCAACAGUAGUUCAGAGAAAUAAGACAGGGCCUUAUCUGAGAAGGCUAAACACAUGGCAGCUCAUUUUCUUUAGUUAUUUUAAGAUCCUGAGUGUUUUGCCAGAAAUUGAACCUGAGGGGCAGGGGUCACUCUCUUAUCAUGUGGCCUAAAUGGUUACCGGUAUGUGCCGCUGAACAGGGUAUGAUUAUUGGAUUGUUGAGGUUUAAUCAGGGUAUACAAUUUCACUAUUUAGUGCCUUGAACAGGGCGUCUUUGUAGACUGUAAGCCUUAUGUAAAGGUUAGCAAUGAAUGGUCCUCAUUUGUGAUUCCAACAGUUUUUUUCAAAAAAUUUAAUUCCAUGAUUGUAGUUUAACAAUUCUGUCUGAGAAAUGAAAUGAAUUAGGGUCAUUAAUUUGAGGUCUCUCAGUCUUAAACAGGGUAGUUUGUCUAGAGGCCUUGGUGCCACACCUGUACCCAAACUUCCCUUGACUGAACCCCGCCCCCUCCAGAUUUAAACUCGCAUUUACCACUCCAAAGACUUGGUCUCAACCAGUCAGUGGUCUAAACAGUAAUUGAAGUAGAAUAUUAUUGUGAUGUUGUACUCUCUUUGCUAGCAGAGGCCACGUAAGGUGUUUACUCAGCUUGAGUUCUACUUGUAGCAGAGCUUCCCUGUCAUUUCUGACCUACUUGAAUGUGAAAAUAAUAUAUUAUGCUCUUUUCUCGUACAGAUUGGUCCCCCAAAGAGAAACAGCAUCUUGCUCAAGAACUCAGUGAUGUACUGGUGUACUUGGUCAGACUAGCAGAAAAGUGCCAUGUUGAUCUCCCAAAGGAAGUAGUCGCAAAGAUAGCCUUAAAUGGCAAGAAAUACCCUGCAGAUCUUGUGAAGGGAUCAAGCAAAAAAUAUACAGAAUACAAAGAAAUGAAUUUUUCAAAUCAUUGACUGAAUAAUGUCACUUCUGAGAAGUUUCUUUAAUAAUUCUCAGUCUUAAUUUAUUAUUUGUUAGUGGAAAACCAGUAAUGGUUAGGUCUCUCUCAGAGCCACCUCAGGGAAGAGCAAAAUGCUUUAAAAUAGUAAUGUGGACAUAAAGGUUACCAGAAUCUCAAAGUAC